GUUUAUGUUAUAAGCCCCUACAACGUACCGAAAGCAAUGCCACAAACCACAAUGUAAAUGGCGUAUCCAUGACAUCAACCCUGAUCAUCUUAAUGGCUCUUCUACGGUCACACUGCCAAGUCACAAUUUGAAAUGCAAAGCCGCUUAUGUAGUUGCAUAGAAGAAAAUAAAACAGUUUCGGUGAAUUAUAACUAACUUUGGGUUAUUCAAACAACUUCGAUCAGCAUGGAUGGCGAGAAUCCGAACGCAGUUCGGAUUGCGGUCCGCGAGGCGCCGUACAGCCAAUUUUCGGGGCGUCGGGAGCCCAGCGUCGUCCAGUUUCCGACACGGAGUAACGGGAAGUCGUUGAUGGUGGAGCAGAAUGAGUUCCACUUUGAUUACGUCUUUCCCGCGACCAUCAGCCAGGAUGAGAUGUACCAGGCGCUGAUCCAGCCGCUGGUGGACAAGUUCCUGGAGGGAUACCCGUGCACGGCACUCGCCUACGGGCAGACGGGAACGGGGAAGAGUUACUCUAUGGGAAUGGCUCCACCCGACAAGCCCGAGCACAUGGGUGUUCUUCCUCGAGUCCUGGCCGAUAUUCUGGAGCGCGUGACCGCCAGGCAGGAGAACCACAAGAAUCCCGUUCUGGUGUACGCCUCCUUCAUAGAGAUCUACAAUGAGAAACCCUUCGAUCUGCUGAGCUCCAGGCCGCAUAUGCCCAUGGUGGCGGCGCGUUGCCGUCAAUGCACUUGCCUUCCGUUGCACAGCCAGGAGGAUCUGCAGGACAUAUUGGAACUGGGCAUUCGGAACCGACGCGUUCGUGCCACCAAUAUGAAUUCCAACAGUUCCCGAUCACAUGCUAUAGUCACUAUUCAUGUGAAGAGUGACACCCAUCACUGCAGGAUGAAUAUUGUGGAUCUGGCCGGAUCGGAGGGCGUGAGGCGAACUGGGCACGAGGGCGUGGCCAGGCAGGAGGGCGUCAACAUCAAUCUGGGCUUGUUGAGCAUCAACAAGGUGGUGAUGGCCAUGGCGGCGGGCCACCCCCUGAUUCCAUACCGCGACAGCGUCCUUACCGCAGUUCUGCAGGAGUCGCUCACCGCACAGGCAUAUCUGACCUUUCUUGCGUGCAUCAGUCCGCAUCGAUGCGAUCUCAGCGAGACGUUGUCCACGUUGCGUUUUGGCAGCGGAGCCAAGAAGCUUCGCCUGAAUCCGCUGCAAGUGGCGCGCCAGAAGCAAUCGCUGGCCGCACGGACACCACACGUCUUCCGCCAGGUGCUGAGCACCUCGACGGCCAUCAAGUCUCGCGCCGCCAAUCGGACGAUUCCGGCCACGCCGCUCGACGGCGAGCUCCGUCGCUCACGCUCCGAACUUGACAUGACGACCAAAGCCAAGAAAAGGGCUCGCAAGCUGUUGGAGCAGGAGGAGACCACGUUAGAGACCUCGAGCGUUCGCAUCGUGGACAUCGAUCAGGGCAGGGAUCUAAUGACUCCACUAAAGGUUGAGCCCAGACAACCCAGCAACCUGCACUCCACCGCAAUGGCCAUGUUCGAAGAGACCGAGUCUGAGGAGCCGUCCAGAGUGCAGCAACCAAUGAAUCCCAGCACGGCACGCUACCAGCUCUUCAACACGAUCAUCAGCCCCAUUCGCCUGCGACCAUCAGGCAGUCAGCGAGAAGUUAGCCGGAAGCAGCCAACGAAGAAGAGAACAUUGCCAUUGCUACUGCAAGAAUCCCUCCGUCGCUCCGAGCGACUAGCGAAUCGGCUGAGGUUGCAGAGGGAACCUGUCACUGCCGUUGAGGUAAAAACAGAGACGGUCACCCAACUGCCGCUAGUUGAUGAUGGACCGCACAAUAAUGAAAGGAUGGAUGAAAAUCGUGUACGAAUGUUUCUGGACCAGCUUAACAGAAACGUUACGGAACUGAAAAAGAUUCCAGGGAUCGGUCCAAAGACAGCCACUAGUUUGGUCAUAUACAGAUCCGACCUAGGUGGCUUUCAUAAUCUUGGAGAAGUCAAGUCGCUGCCCCUUUGGCGCGGAAAUCAAUGGAAAAAGAUUUGCGAUCUGAACCAUCUCCUAACUUGAUUAGUACUUACCAUUUUAAACAUAAAUUAACUUUGAUUUUACAAAUUUUUGACUAUAGUAGAAUAAGAAAGGAGCUGGAUAUCCUAAUAUAAUUAUUUUG